AUGUCCUACUUUGUACUUAGUAGUACGAGUAUAUAUAAUUACUCUUCAUUCCUCAACAACAAUAUCAAACCUCUUAAAUAAACCAUAUCAAAUUGCAAAACCCUCCAUUUGAACCCUGAAGAUAAAACAAAGAUAAAAACAACAGUGAAACUAGUAAAAAACCACAACAACAACAACAAUGGAGGGACCCUCCACAACCUCAAACACACACAAUCACUCUCAUUCUCACUCUAACUCGCGCCCUGUAAGAGCUUCCCGCUAUUUGUACGGCAACUCUUCUUCUUCCUCCGCUUCUCCGGCCACCUUUCGUGGGCCCGUUCGAAGGUGGGAGAAGAAAUGGGUCCACGUGUCUUCAUCUCACUCUUCCACCCCUUCUAAACCUCGUAAACUAUUCCUAUCCAACGGUCUCAAACCAUCUGAUGCUCCUCUUCUUCUCUGUAAAUGGACCCCACUUUCUCGUCCUCCCUCCGCCGCCUCAGAAACCACCGCCACCGCCGCCGACGACGGGAAUUCUAAUUCCGAUCAAAUCUGUCGUCGCAAGUUUCGGUAUACUCCGAUUACUGUUUUUGAGGAGAAGAAGAAGAAGAAGCUGACUGCAAAAGGAGUUGCCGAUGAAGCUAAGUCAGGAGAAACUGACCAGUAUGCAGAAAAGGCAGUAGUAGACAGUGAAGAUAUAUAUGGGUUGCUGGAUAUCAACACUGACCUCAUGGGAGUACGUCAGGGAACCAGUGACGGUGAUCUAAUUUAUACAAGGAGAAGCCACUUGAAUCUUGGUCUGCACCUGGAGAACAAAAAUACUCAAUCAGGUCUGCAAAAAAGAGGAUUAUGGGCUCUUAAUUGAAAGAUUUCGCCUGUAGAUAGUACAGAAAUAAUGGCUUUGGCGUUGUGGAUCUUGCAGAUUGAUGCCAUUUACUGGCUGUAGUUAACCAGGUAGUAGUAAAGGCUUUGUAAGUAUGACAUCCUAUGCUCUUGUCAAGGAUGGUAAAUCCUGGUGCAACUCUAAGUUGCUUUAGAUGUAAUGUAAUAACAAAUUCCUUGUAGUAGGAAUGUGUUGACAAGAUAAUUCUCAGUGUGCAUAUAUUGGGCAAUUACAUCCUUCAGCCCUUUACUCA